GCUCUUGAACUCGAACUCACGUUGGAGACUCCACGGAUUUCCUUUUAUCGGCAAUUGGCGGAUUUUUAACGUCAUACCAUUCUCCGCCAACAGAUGUAGCGGUUCAAAGAGCCGCAACUCGUUCUGACACAACCGGCUUUCAAAUUCAUCCACGUUCCAUACGCUGCUAUGUGCUUCGGAGCUCUACUCAAACGAGAACUAGCACGGAUCGAUUACGAGGAUUAUUCACAUUUAAACGUUGACGUCUGCGUUCUUUUGGAUUCCGCGUAUGAAAUAUAUCCAACAAAUCUCAUGAAAACAAAAGAUCUCUACCCGGCAUGAUGUCAGGUUACAUGAACGUGUUACAAAAUUAUUAGGUACGAAAAAGAAAAAAAAAUAUUAAAAAAGUAAAAGAGUAACGGCUUCGGUUCGAAGAGUCACGAUUCUAAGAAUACCACAAAAAUAUUCGUCAUGAUGAACGGCAGAGGAAUCCCCGGACGAUGCUGCUGCAUUAAACAAAGAGAAAAAGUAGAGGCCAAAGCAGCUUGGGACAAGUGUAAAAGAAAAAGGCAAACAUUAGUGUUCAAUCCGGAAGAGGAAGUCUGGCACGAGCCAUAUAUGCAGUGUCUACGUAAAGAAUUUUCAGAAAUAUCAAUACCGUGUGAUUCCAAAAUUGAGUUACCUUGGAAGGACAUAGCUCUACCAGCUGCCGGUAUGAAAAUACGUGUCAAAGUAUCGUUGAAUGAACUUGUACAGGAUUCCUUGGCAAAUGAUACGGCGGAUGAAGGGAAUGCUGAGAAAAAGGAAUCAACUGGCAUAAUGCAUUUACCUUGGGACGAUUUACUUGUGACGGAUACUAUUCAAACGCAUUUGAACAAUACAGCAACAUGCGAUUCAACUUUGGAAAUACCGUGGAGCGAUCUUGCUCUUGAAAGACCAUUAUUCAUAGAACCACCACCCAAAGAGGAAUCAUGUGCACCGGAUGACAUUGAGAUUCCUUGGGAGGAAAUUCUCGUGCCGCAAAACAUUGUGAUCGAGACGAAAAUGAAGAAACAUCCAUCCUCUGCAGCACCACCACGACCAUCAUCCAAGUCCGGUGGAAAAUCAUGUGGAAAAGGGCCGUGUUGUGUGAAGGCAAGAAAUCAGAGAAAGGUGGGCGGUUCUAUGUUGAACGUGGCAAACAACUCCUUAUAGAUAGAAUAAAUGAUGCCCAUUUAAUAUUUGAAAAAAUAGAAAACCACCAUAACCGCACUUAAAAAUCUCUUCCUACGUAAAUUUCCAAAUAUGUCAAGUCAAACUAUCACUGAA